AUGUUGAGACCUGUUGCCCUCUCACUAGCUCCAUCCUGCCAUGACGCCCUUGCUUGGUCCUCGGACGGUGAGCUUGCUAUUGCUGCAGGUGAAUACUUCCAAAUUUUGACACCAAAAAUUGGGAAGGAUGAUGAUGCUCCCCUCAACUCGACAAUCCAAGAUUGGCAGAUGACUCGUGUUCGAGCCAAUCUGUUUACCAACUCUGAAUGGCCAAUCUACCUUCCAGGAGAUAGAGAUGAUUUUUCAGUUGCCGCAGAUCUUUCAGAGAGCAAUGUUAUCGGUCUAGCUUGGUCACCAGCAGGACUUGGCAAAUAUCGACGCAGUGUGCUUGCCGUACUGACAUCAAAUUUGGUGUUGUCCAUUUGGGAGCCCGUCGGUUUGAAGCAGCAGUGGACUAGGGUUUCCAUCGUCAAUCAUGUAUUCUGGCCGCAGCGACAGCCCUCACAAGACCCAAAUAGCCAUAUAUUCCGCGAGGCUAAUAUUCGAUCUUUCACUUGGUGCGAGUCCUUGAAACCUUCGGCGCCUGCUGUCGGCUCUGCCUUUCUACAUUCACGCGAAAGUCGCUGGGGAAUUCCUUUGCUUACGAUAGUCAACGAUUUCAAUGAGGUCACGUUGUUGCGGGUUGUCCGGUCAGACACAAUGAGCAACUCUUCCAAGCCCUAUGAUAUUCAAAUUCUAGCGCACCACUCCCUCCAAAAUCAGCAAACAAACAACCUCUCACUUUGCUCUGGAUCGUUGUUUGAGAAGGCAGUGAAAGAGAAACAACGAACUACUGUACUUUCUUGUGGUCCGUGGCAGGUUUCACCCGCAACCAGUCCAGGCAGCUUUGGUUGCGCAGUUGCCAUAAUAGCCGCUGUAUGUGGCACACAUCUUCGAUUGAUGAAGCUCGAAAUCAUGAUUGGAAGCUCGCUUGAGCAGAUUUCACAGCAAUACACAUUAACUACGGAUCUGACGGAUCAUCCUCUGGGUCGGAUGAAUGAGAAAUGGGCAUAUCACCACGUCACUGGUCCUCUCAGAUGGCUCCAUACUAGAUCACCCGCAACAAUGACUUUAGCGGUGGGCGCCAUAUCAAGCCUCAUCACCCUGCCCAUGCCCAUUGAUAUGUACACUGGCAACGUUAUCAACUCCGAUGCCCUUGAAGUUCAAGAUUGGCCGAUUUAUGAAUCUGAAACUGAAGCAAAUAGGGGCCAUCAGCAAAGGCACCUGGAGCCGAUUUCUGCAAUGCUAUCUUCCACGAAUGAACAAAGCGACACAUGUAUGCUUCAGCUAGGCACACUCGGCGGGAUUGGCCUGAUGACGAGAUUUCACCAAGCUCGAAAUUUCAGUGCUCUGCAACGGCCACGUUGGAAACACAUGGCCGAAGAAUUUCAGGAAGAUUAUGAUUUGGAAAAUGACUUGGGGGGGAUGACUGUCUCGAGGAUCUGGGGACUAGCAUCCUAUCGCAACAUAACUGCAGCUAUCUUCACUUCACACCCCACGGAUAUGAUCGAAUAUCGAAUCACAUCUGACGACAGAUCUGUAAUUGUCUUUUCAGAGGAGGAUGGAUCUACGACAGAACCCCAAGCUUUAUUUGCACCGGUCUCCGGUCAUCAAACCGCCAAGUACAACCGGACAGGAGAAAUGAUCAAUUUUGUGCUACCCGGUGAUGAUGGUGACAUUGGACCUGACGUAGAGAGCCAGCGACUCGUCUACGCCGUUGCUUGUCGCACUAUUGUUGGUGAAAGAGACAAGUCACUUCGAGCCCAUGCUCGAACGUCUCUAGAAUGCCUAGCAAUAAUGACAGGUGCGGACCUGAGGGAGGAGAUCUCCAGAUGCAACAGUGAUCCUAGUCCGAUAUCAGCGAAGAGCAAGGAUCAACUCGAUUGCGCGGGAGGCCAUAUUUAUGAGAAAUGCGAAGUUUGCGAUGCGGGAAUUGGUUGGCCCUCGGUCCUGAUCGCUCAGUGCGCAAAUGGCCAUCGUUGGGAUCGAUGUGGAUUGUCCUUUCUCGCCAUCCAAGAACCUGGGAUAUCCAAAUACUGUUCUGUUUGCCAUAUGGAAGCGCUCGACGAAGAAGUUGUGGCCCAUGUUCGUGGCGGGAAACAGGGUCAAAUGUUCAAUGCUCUCUUUGAGGUGUUUGAUACUUGCCUACAAUGUGCAGCCAAAUUCCAGGCAACUUAUUAG